UGUUUAUAAUUUUGCAAUUAUAAAGUCUAUAUUUAGUAUAUUUUCAGUUCGAUUUUUUGUCCAUGUGAGAUGGGAUCUUAACACGAACCGAUUCCUUUACUGGGAAAGACGAUGGGUGUAUUUUCAUUUAAGUCUGAAGCAGCUUAGUUUUCUUGAUUAUUUUGACUCCUUUUUUACUUAAUAUUGUGUUUGAAUGAGGUUUUUUAAGUUAUGGGUGUCAUGUUUUUCGAGACUCUCACUUCCUGAAGAUAGUACCUCCAGCAUAUUUAUUGAAAUAUUGAUAUGUUUAAAUAUGAAGCUCAUCUUCGUGAUCUGUCAGAUCUUAUUUGUAAUUGGUGUUCCAGUUCUAGGUGUUGGUGCCUCGAAUGGAGGGACACCAUAUUUCAAAUUAACUCAUAAUCCUUAUGAGAUCGAGUGUUCAUGGAGUUCAGGAAAGGGUAAAGUGGGCUCUUUGACCCUCAAUGGAACUGUGAUUCCAAUUGCGUCCUGCACAAGAAACAAUUGUUAUUUAGAAAAACACUCUGAAGAAUAUGAACUUGUUUCAGUGAAUAAACUGACAUUUGGAAUGAUAUUACGAAUAAAGAAAAAGGUUGAAAUGAAAACUUCAUAUAUUUGUGAAGUUGUAGAGGAAAAUGGACACACCUAUGAGAGUGUUGUGACGAUUGAUGGUUUUACUUGA